CAAUGACAAGACGUUGCCAAAUUGCGUGUGUAACCAAACCAGAGUAGACAUCAUUUUUCAAGAAAAAUUCUCUUCAAGACGGUAUCUCUUUACCAAAUAAAUUUUGUUAGAGUUGACCAAUUGAUUUAGAUUUGUAUAAUUUGGGCAACAUCUGGAAACUCUUAGAUCCUCCCGAUUGAAAAAAAGGUAAACAAUGAAUGCCAAACGAGCCAAAUAUGCCACACUGACAACAACCACAGCCAAUGGCACCAUCAAAGAAGAGGUGGUGCCAGUACUUAUUCAUGACCCGAAUUCGGGUGAGGAACCUCAAUAUGCCUAUGCCACAUUUGCUACAACGGAGGAGGCAGAGGCUGCUGUGGCUUCGCUGAAUAGCCAGAGACAUCAGGCGGAGGUAAUGCAGGAGACCCAAGAAGUGAUUAUCGAUGAACAUGGACGUCCCAUUGCCAUACACCAGGUCAUUACGGAGGAUGGUGGUUCAGUGGAAGAAGUGGAGACGGUGGAGGAUGAUGGUAGCCACACAAUAUUACAUAUUGUCCCAACGGGUACCUCGGAAGGUGGUCACGAUGACAGCUUGGGCAGCACAGAAGAAUAUGAAAUAACUGAUGUUGGCCUUACCGAAAUCAUUAAUCGCAAUAACAAAACCUUCUACUGUCCCAACUGUGGUAACUGCUACAGUGCUGCUGGCUCUCUUAAGCUGCAUAUGCGAGCCUGUAUGCGUCAAAAGACAGAAGUCCCCGAAGAACAAAGAAAAUGCAACAUCUGCAAUCGUGUCUUCAACUCGGUGAGUUAUCUCAAGGAACAUAUGCUGCGACAUACGGGCGAGGGCCCCAAACGUUGUACACGCUGUUAUCGCAAAUUCAUUGACGAAGAAAAGUACAAAGCCCACAUGGAACAACACAAACACCAAGAUAAACUGGAAGCGGAGGCGGCAGCAUUACAGGUCGAACAUGGUUUUAAAAAAAUGGUGGUCAAAGAGUACACAUGCUCGUUCUGUUCACAAAAUUUCACAGUGGUCUUUGAGGCGGGCCAAGUUAAGCGUCGCUAUGCCUGUGAUCCGUGUCGUGAGAAGUUCUCCAAUGCUGAAGUGUUGAAGGAACACAAAAAGAUGGUGGACGAAAAGCGAGAAUUCUCCUGCGAACGUUGUGGACGCAAAUUUGUGUUUGAGGGUUUCCUGCAACGCCACAUACCCACAUGCGAUGGUACAAUUAAACGGCGACGAGAUUUGAAGUAG